AUGGCUAUGCCCAACAUGGGUAGUGAUUUCCAGCUUUUCUCCCCCGACAGACGUGAGUCUCGUUCAGAAUCCAUGUCCUUUCCCAAAUCCGGCUCGGACGACUCGAGUCAGGACUGGACGCAGUGGAUGAGAUGGGACGAUAACGCCUUCACCGAAUCUGCCAAGGAGCUAUCCCAGUCGCCUCUUGACUUUCCUUUCACCUCGCCCAAUGCAUCGGUUGGACAGCAAAGCGUCGACAUGUUCCCCAAGAGCGACUUCUCUCCCGACGUGUCGCUGGACUGCGGCAACUUCCCCUUCGAUUCCUUCAUGGGCCAGGAUUCUGGAGAGGGGCUCCCGCAGGCCCGAUCGUCGAUUGGCGGGGCAGAUUUCCUGUCUGCAAACUCGACGACUUCCAAUUCCCCCAUGUCGCUUGAACGCGCCAUCAACCGCAAGCGCAAGUCAGGUAGCGAUGACGACGGUUCGACGGUUAGCGGCGCUGUUCUUCCGAAUGGCAAGAAAAUGCCGGCUAAGAAACGAGCACACAAUGUGAUCGAGAAGAGGUAUCGCGCCAACUUGAACGAGAAGAUCGCUGAACUCCGAGACAGUGUUCCGAGCCUGAGGGGCUCGAAGAACGCAAACGGUAAUCUGGUCGAGGACGACGAUGCUGAGGGCGUGACCCCCGCCAGCAAACUGAACAAGGCAUCCAUCUUGUCUAAAGCGACAGAGUAUAUCCGACACCUGGAGAUCCGAAACAAGCGCCUGGAGGACGAGAACACUGCGUUGAAGAACCGCCUGCGCCAGGCUGAUAAGGCGGUCGAUCAGACCCUGACUUCGGCAGCAUCCGUUUCAUCGCCGAGUAACUAUACCGUAUCAACGGAGUCUGGCGCCAGUUCUUCUCCCAGCGUGUUUUCACAUGUGGAAGACUCUCCUAGCGAUCACUCUCCGAGCUCCAGCUAUCCUUCCGAAGGUCUUAUGAAGGUUCCCGAUGCCUUCAAACGCAUGCGUGCCGCGCCGCCAAAAGACGAUGCAUGGUCGCAGUCGUACAUCCAGUACCCUAGCAACAACAACGGUAAUUCGGCGUCUGUUGGAGGACGUAAACGGUCUCAUUAUCCUAAUAAAUACAUGCUCGGAGCUCUUGCCGGUCUGAUGAUUGUGGAGGGCCUGAAUAGCGAGAAGGACACGGAAUCUUCCGCCAAAGGCCUUCUGGCCGUCCCCAUCAAUCUGCUCAAACAUCUUCAGUUGCCCUCCAAUGCCCCCUGGGCAGACCCUCUUCGGAGCUUUUGGUACUCUUGGCAUGCUCGGGCCGUCUCUCAUUUCCUUGUUCUUGCCACGCUGGUCGUCGGAAGUGCAUUUGUGGUAUUCGUUUAUCUCUUCAACUCGGGCCAAAGCCGACAGAAUCUCACGCCGAAGACGGCUCCCAAGUCCGACGCCACCAUGUCCUCGAGCGACUACCGACGCCAAGCCUGGCUCACGAGCAUCCAGCAAGUCGGCGUGCCGCGCCACACGUUCUUCCAUGAGUGGUACGUGGUCACUUCGCGGUGCUUCGAAUAUGUUCUUCGGUGUUUUAUGGGAUGGCAGUUGUACUCCUGGGCCACGGGCGUUACUGAGGACGAUGAGAGAGGCCGAGUGAAAACCUGGGACAUUGCCAUUGACGCUCAACUUGCUGGUGGUGAUGCCGAAAUUAGCAAGAGCCGCCUCGUUCUUACAAUCUUUGCCGCAGGCACCCUGCCUAGAAGCCCAAUGAGAAUGAUGCUGAAGGCCUUGCAUUGCCGCAUUUUGAUGUGGCGUGUUGGAGUUCCUGGUUCGUGGACUUUCAAUACGUCCAACGAGGUCGCUCGUAGCCUGGCACGGUAUCAGUGGGAUCUCGCUCGAGAAAUGAAUGCUUCUUUGCCGAAGGAUGACCCCGAUGCUCUUCCUAGUCACCUGGCGGCUUUAUUGAAGCUUGAUUGCGAGGUUGUCAUGACCGACAGCGUCGUUCAAAGAGCCGCCAAUCUCACCUGGAGCCGCCCCACACAGGAAGGAACCGACGACGACGAGGCCCUUCUGGACGUGGUGGAAGAAGACCCCGCCAUUCAGUCCUCUUUGGACGCGCUGGCUGCGUGGUGGUCGAGUCACCUCCUGCAACGUGCGCUGCUCAAUUAUUUCGAGGCGAGCUCUGGCGGACCUGACGCGAAGAAGAGUCGCACUAUCUUCAAGGCCAAGAUCAAACUCGCUCUGGACGUGGCCCCUCAGCCGUCGGCGGCUCAUACCCGUGCUCUCGUGAUGAAGGCCGUGUUCUUCGAGCAGGAUCGCGUGGCUAACAUCGGAUCGGUCCUUUCCGCUCUACCGAAAGAGAAGGGCAAGAAUAAGUCCAACCAAACCUUCAAGUUUCUCGAUUCCUCGCUUCCUGUAUCUGUUCGUGAGGAAAUCACGAUCGCCGUUCGCUGCGCUAUGAUCGCCGCCGUUUUCACUGCACGCUCUACAGGCGACACCUCACUCCCCGCGUCGUUCACCGUCGAGAAGGCCACGAGCUGGUUCAACAAAUUGCCCCUGGACCCGGUGGAGCUGACCUUGGUGGGCUUCGCGGCGGUCUAUCAUCUACUCCAUGUUCUUGCCUCUGAUACCGAUUAUCUAUUUUCCUCGGACUCAUCCUCCCCGUCGUCCCCCGUCUCCAAGGCACUGUCUUCUUCCGAUGAGGCGGAUGACGAGGAGCCGGUCAAGCAAAUCCCAACGCAAUCCAUUCCGAACCUGGGCCGUGUGGCAUCCGAGCUGAUGUACUGGGCUCGUAAUGCCUACAACCCCGCCUUCUACGGUUUCACUGCCAACCUUGUCAAGGUCAUUGAAUCCGAAUGCACUUCUCUGUGCCAUGGUGCAGGCGUUGACGUCACCGAUUAUUCUUGCAUACAGGAAGAAAGGAGCAAGGCGAGGAAGCAAACCAAGAAGAAGAGAUCGUCGAAACGAUCGAGAGAUUUCAAGGCAGAUCUUCCACCGACGAAGAAUCUACAGGCUGCUUUGGGCAAUGAUGACAUUGCGCACGAAAGCCUUGACUCGCGCCCCACAGUACCUGACAAGAUUGACACAUAG